GCUGGAGCGUAUUUAUAGCAACCAAGUGUGUUGGUGCAGGUAUUCCUGAUGGUAGGGGUGAAUACAUCACAUAACCACACUUGACGUGCUUCACUCAGCAUCGGACAGAAGGAGAACAGAGCAGCUAUCAUGGACUUAAAUGACAUCAAGCCUGAUGAACUGGUGGCACACAGAGGCUUCAAGUUGAUCAAUGGCACUCAUGAUCCAGAUGAUGUGGACCAGAUUUACAACCUGGAGAUCAGAGACUCGGAUGUGUUUGUCGUCACUUACCCAAAGUCAGGGACCAUCUGGAUGCAGCAGAUCAUGCUGCUCAUUGAAACAAAGGGAGAUCUGACAGCCAUCAGUAAGCUCAGCAACUACUCCAAUGCUGAUCUCAUCCCCUGGAUCGAGGUGACUGGCAACAGAGAGACGUUUAUCCUGGCCCCAUCACCCCGGCUGAGGGUCACACAUCUGCAGUUCCACUUCAUGCCUCCUGCUCUCAGCCAGAAAAAGGGCAAGGUCAUCUACGUGGCAAGAAAUCCCAAAGAUGUCCUUGUGUCUUACUUCUACUUCCAUAAGCUUGCAAACAUGUUGGAAACUCCAAAGGAUUUCAAUGACUUCUUUGAGAAAUUCAUGAGAGGAGACGUGUUUGGGUGCAGCUGGUUUGAGCAUAUUAAGGCUUGGUACUCACACAAGGAUGAUAUGAACAUGCUGUUCAUCACUUAUGAAGAGAUGAUUCAAGACCUGCAGUCAGCAGUGGAGAGGAUCUCCUUGUUCUUGGGUAAAGAGCUGACUGAUGAGCAGCUGACCAAUGUGGUGAAACACAGCACCUUCAACAACAUGAGGAAGAUCCCUCAGGCCAACUAUGAGCAGGUGCCAGGUAACCUGUUCAACCACCAUCAGGGAAGAUUCAUGAGGAAAGGCACCAUCGGAGACUGGAAGAAUCACUUCACUGUGGCCCACAACGAGAGGUUUGAUGAGGUCUUCCUCAAAGAAAUGGACCAUUUUCCUCUGCAUUUUAUCUGGGACAUAAGGGACAUUGAGUGAUCAGAUGUUGGUUUCAUGACUAAAAGACGAAAAAGACAGUCACAGUAACAACCUCAUAAUCACUAUGCUAUACAGAAAGAAAAAAUUUUGUUCAUGUCAGCUUCUCUUUACUAUUGUCAUACCAGUGUCUUUGUACAUGUUAUUUUCUUAUGAUCAUCCAAUAGAUAUGUUGUGACCUCAAAUUAGCUUGUUGUCUUCUGGUCAUAUGAAAUACAGUUAAUGUCAAUCUGCAGAAAAGUUACAGCUUCAUGUCUCAGGUAAUUCCUCAUAAAUGAAAUUUUCAGCCUGUUGUUUUUAAAUGGAGGAACUCUGAAUGGCUUGUUGGAGGGCAGAAGUUGAUAAUCUCCCU